CGCCUCAUCCUCUGUCACGUGCUCCUCUCCACUCCACGUGCUCCUUUUUCUCUCCAUUCAAGGAUUCCUGCGGAUUCUCUCCCGGCGGUCUUCGGUGGUUGCAAAGGAAGCAUCGCGCCGGUGUGGAGACGCUACUGUUGAGAAGCCUAGCGUUGGCCAAACAGUGUAGCCGGCUUCUUCGUCUGAGACACAUUUCGGGACCUACAAUGCCAAAACGAGAGAAGAAGAACGAAGAACAGAUCCUUCCGACAGAGGAGGCAGCCGAACCAGAGCCUAAAAAGGCUAUGAAGGAUGAUGAAAAACAAGAGAAAAAAGAGGCUGACAGUUCAAUCUUGUACCAAGAUCCUCCUGAUAAGCUCACUUCACCCAGUGACAAAAAAUAUACUUUAAAGGUUACUUCCUGGAAUGUGGACGGUAUCCGAGCUUGGUUCAAGAAGAAGGGACUGGAGUGGGUGAAGGAAGAAGACCCCGAUGUGCUCUGCUUACAGGAAACUAAAUGCGCAGAGAGGCAUUUGCCAGCUGACAUUCAAGGACUACCUGAAUACCCCCAUAAAUUUUGGGCUUGCUCUAACGACAAGGAAGGCUACAGUGGCGUGGCCAUGCUCUCCAAGAACAAGCCUACGGAUGUCACCUAUGGCAUAGGUGAUGAAGAGCAUGAUAAAGAAGGCCGGGUGAUCACAGCCGAGUUCCCCAACUACUUUCUGGUGACCGCCUAUGUCCCCAACGCCGGUCGGGGACUGGUGCGCCUGGAAUACCGCCAACGUUGGGAUGGAGCCUUCCGCUCUUACCUGGAAGGCCUGGCUGCCCGCAAGCCCCUUAUCCUGUGUGGAGAUCUCAACGUAGCCCACCAGGAGAUCGAUCUGAAGAACCCCAAGGGGAAUAAGAAGAGUGCUGGCUUCACUCCAGAAGAGCGGGCUGGUUUCACCCAAUUGCUGGAAGCUGGCUUUGUCGACACUUUCCGACAUCUCUACCCCGAUACCCCCAAUGCCUAUACUUUCUGGACAUAUAUGAUGAACGCCCGGGCUAAGAAUGUGGGAUGGCGGCUUGACUACUUUGUGGUCUCCAAAGGGCUUCUGGAAGGGUUGUGUGACAGCAAGAUCCGCUCCUCAGUCUUGGGGAGUGACCACUGCCCCAUCACCCUCUAUGUCGCCAUGUAACACAUGCAGAUGAAGGCCCAAACCUAUACAGCUUGAGUGGGAAAAGAAAAUUGGAGCUAAAAUUAUGUCUAUGACUACUCAACCCUAAUUUUAGAGCAGUGUUUUUCAACCGUGACAGCUUUCGGGCUUAUGGACUUCAACAAGCUUGUGGACUUCAACAAGCUUGUGGCUGACGGGGGAAUUCUGGGGGUUGAAGUCCAUACGUCUUAAGGUCACCAAGGUUGAGAAACACUGCUCCAGAGUCAGGAUCUGAAUCCCUUUCCAGUCUCAUCCCAGGCUGCUAAUAGGUUUCCACAACGUAAAAAUAUUUCUUUCAAAAGGUGUGUGGCUACUUUGGGGUUAACAGGAAAUAAAAGCCUUGGUUUUUAGUUC